AUGGCGCAGCUCCUAGGACUGACCUGCCCCUUUCUCCCCUCAGAGGCGAGGAAAGCGCUGGAACGGAAGGCUGAAGUUGUCACCAUGACCCUCGAAGGUGCCGUCUCCAGGGCAGAGAACCAUACCACCUCCAGGACUGGGGAACUCACUGCCACUGCAUCGACAGCUGCCCCCCGGAAAAGGUGAGGCAAGGGGCUUGUGCAAAUGUGACUCUGGACCUUGUAGUCUCAGAGUUUGGGAUAUUCUUCUUCUUCGGCCAUCACUCGUAGCAAAGUAAGAUAGUCUUCCAUAAACACGGUUUUAACAGUGAGUCCGUAAGUGACUGUGGAGGCCAAUUCUGGACCCACACGUCCUUCCACAGUGGGGACAUAGGUUUCCAGGCGGGAGUCAAUCACGGUGUGGAUUUGCCAAGCGUAUCUUCCUCUGAGCGCGUUUCUCCCUUGCGUCCUGAGUUUGAGUGUCUUCAAAGCCCAGGACACCUUUGGGAAAGGCUGUUCUCCAACUGGAGCGCUCGCAGGCCAGUGUUUCCCAGUUGUCGGUGUCUAUACUACAUUUUUUUAGAUUUGCCUUGAGAGAGUCUUUCAACCUCUUUUGCUGACCACCAGCAUUGCACUUUCCAUUUCUAAGUUCAGAAUAGAGUAGUUGCUUUGGAAGGCGAUAAUCUGGCAUCCACACAACAUGACCAGUCCAACGAAGUUGAUGUUGGAGGAUCAUUGCUUCAACACUGGGGAUCUUUGCUUUUUUCCAGUACAGUGGUACCUUGGGUUAAGAACUUAAUUCAUUCCAGAGGUCCGUUCUUAACCUGAAACUGUUCUUAACCUGAAGCACCACUUUAGCUAAUGGGGCCUCCCGCUGCCGCCGCACUGCCGGAGCACGAUUUCUGUUCUUAUCCUGAAGUAAAGUUCUUAACCCGAGGUACUAUUUCUGGGUUAGCGGAGUGUGUAACAUGAAGCGUAUGUAACCUGAAGCGUCUGUAACCUGAGAUACCUCUGUAGUAAGGUAAAUGUAAAGGUACCCCUGACCAUUAGGUCCAGUCGUGGCCGACUCUGGGGUUGUGGCGCUCAUCUCGCUUUAUUGGCCGAGCGAGCCAGCAUACAGCUUCUGGGUCAUGUGGCCAGCAUGACUAAGCCGCUUCUGGCGAACCAGAGCAGCGCACGGAAAAGCCGUUGACCUUCCUGCUGGAGCGGUACCUAUUUAUCUACUUGCACUUUGACGUGCUUUUGAACUGCUAGGUUGGCAGGAGCUGGGACCGGGAGCUCACCCCGUCGCGGGGAUUCGAACCGCCGACCUUCUGAUCGGCAAGUCCUAGGCUCUGUGGUUUAACCCACAGCGCCACCCGCAUCCUUUUCCAGUAGUAGACUAGCAUUAAUUCACCUGUCUUCCCAAGUGAACUUUGGGGUGUGCCUCACCUGGCAACCCCAUCUACUAGUAGCGGCUAGUCUCAUAAGCUGAUGUGUUAACGCUGUGGCACAGCUUUUGUCUCCAACGCCUCUCAUUCCUUGCCCCCUCUCUCGCUCCAGGGUGGAGCCCCACCUUCCAGUUCAUUGCCAUGAUUGUGAUCAUCACCGAAGCCACCUUCCUGGUCAUCCUUGCGGCCAUGCACCUGCGUUUCAGAUGCACUGGCCAUCCAUGUUCUUCAGCUCAGCACGACAUCCAACGUUUUUAAGCAUCUUCCAUGCAAACUGUUACCAAAUAAAGCACUUUAAAGAAACACACGUACGCAGCACCCUUUUGCAGUCUCCGCUCAUUUCUGGGAUUUGGGAGACGUUCGUGGCUCUGUCCUGGGCUCCGUGUUCAAGGUUGUUACGGUAAAAUCUGGGUGCGGGGUUACUCUGCCACCCAGCUCGUCGGACUAAGUCCGCGGGUCCCUGCGGAAGAAAAUGAGCUCAGCCGGAGACAGGAGCAAACUGCAGAAGAUCCAAGUUUAUUGCGCAACAGGUUCAAGGCGAGAUUGAACCGCGAGAAAGGGGUGACAUGAACUUUUGAAAUUUCCCUCCAUGUCCCAGAAUACAGUGCAAAAUACAUCCCAGUUACAUCAUGAAUACAUUAAGGAGAGGUUGGGUUACACAGAUUACAUCACGAAUACAUUAGGAAGAGGUUGGGUUACACCGGAUUAACAUAUGGAGGAGGGAGGGGGGAAUAUGCAGAGCUGGAGAUAUGCGCAGAUAAGCACAUCCUGAGAAGACAAUGGUCCAUGUAUGCAUAGUCUGUCACCUGGCAUCGCCCGGAGGAAGGGCUUGGCAGAGCGAUUUGACAGGAUUAGGGUCUUGACACCUUGCUUGAGGGAUUAUGGAGGACAGGGGAGGUGUCAUGGAGUCCUAGAGAAAUUGAGCAAAUUGGCACGUUGAUUUUCUAUGAAUUUUAUAGAUUUUAGUCCCUUUUGACAUUGGCAAUUGGAAAUAAAUGGAUAUAUUGUAGCGAAGAAGAAGGUGAAGAAGAAGACAUGCCCCCCCCUUCCGUAUCAAGGUCUUUAUAAAAUUCCUUGGAUGCAAGAAUUUAGCAGGUGCUCAUUCAAUUUGCAGAUCACACCAAACUGGGAGGGGUAGCUAACGCCGCAGAAGAGAGAAUUGAGAUUCAGGGUGGCCUCAACAGAUUGGAGGACCGGGACAAAACCAGCGCUUUUUUCCCAGUGGGAACUGUUGUAAACCAAAAUUGCCCUUUUCCCUUAUGGGGUAUCCAAGAGCCCAUAUAGAGUCCUUUCAUAGGUUCCCUAUUGGUAGGAGAAGAUAACAGAGGCCAACCAGAGAAUACUGAGAAGCAAAGCAGCUAGUGAGCCAGAUCUUUAUUGAUCUGUUGCAACAGGGUGCUCCCCUCACCUGCGAGAGAGAGGAGCAACCCCGAAAAAUGGCAUGCAAGGCUUUAUAAAGACUUUUGAAAUUUCCACCCUGUAGAUCAAGACCACCCCCAGAAACAUCAUACAUACAUCACAGAAGGGGUGUAACCUAAGACCACCCCUCAGAUACAUCACACCUACAUCACCGAAAAGGCGGUCUAAACAGAAAUUUGAAUGUUGUUUAUCUCCUGUCUGGCAGGUUACUUGAUUGGAUUGCCUGGGGAGCCUGGCCAGUCUUUUGUAAUGAUAAAUACUUAGUUCCUGGGCCAGGUCACAGGCUCACACCCUAUUCAAACACAGACAUACCCUUAAGACAGGAUUUGUGAAGGAAAAGACAAUGGGGAGGCUUUUCCACUUUGACCUUGCAGAGAAAACAUUUGCUCAGUUUGGGAAUCAAAAAUGGUUCCAGGUCGAUCUUCCUGUGCUGAUCUAUGUAUGUGCUUGGUUGGUACACUUAUGAACAUUACCAUAUAUCUAAGACCUCAAAAUUCCUAUCACAGAACCUGCCAGAACUCAGUUCCCCAGGUGGGCGCCAUCACCAUUAUAAGAGGACAGGAGAGGCGUUUAGGCUGAGUUCCGGCACCUCUUUUAUUGAAAAAUACCACUGGCCAAAAGCUACCAAGAUGAAUUUCAAUAGGGACAAAUGUCAGGUUCUACACUUAAGCAGAAAUAACCAGGUGCACAAAUAUAGGAUCGUGGGGUGGGGCACUGGGCGGGAUUUAGGUUUGAUGAGGCCUUGAGCUACUGAAGGCACUGGGGCCCUUUAUAUGUCCAGCUGUCCUUUGUCAACAACAAAUUGUCGCUGUUUUUGGGUUGAAUAUAUGCUCUAUGGUAGUUGAUGGACUGAAUAGAUAGCUAAAGCCAUUUGCACAUAACAAAAUAUGAAUUCUAUCCAAAUAAUUGUUGGAAUGAAAUGCAAGCAGUCCAUGCAGAAUGUAGGCCCCCUAUAUAUAGAAAUGAGAAAACCCGUGAUAUUUUACGGAGCAGGCUAGCAGGCGUGGCCCAUUACUUAUAUCAUAGGAGUCCACACAACACAAAACACUGUUGCUGUAGGUAGGUUUUGUUUGUUUUUUAUCUUAUGUUUUGGAAAUGUGCAUCCAGUUUUUUCCCCUUUUGGGGAGAGCCAAGAGAGUGGGGGCCUAAGCUAUAGCUUGUUUAGCUUAUACGUAAAUCCAGCACUGGGGGGUGAUGCUGAACUUUUCUAUUUACAACAGUGGGGGGCACUUGGCUUGGCAGCAGUCCAUGUGAAAAAGAUCGAGGGGUCUUGAGUUUGUAACCACUAGGAGAAUUGUAUCUCUGUGGGUGGAAUAGGGGCCUCCUAACCAACCACGGGAGUCCCAUGGACUGCAAGAAGAUCAAACCUCUCCAUUCUGAAGGAAAUCAGCCCUGAGUGCUCACUGGAAGGACAGAUCCUGAAGCUGAGGCUCCAAUACUUUGGCCACCUCAUGAGAAGAGAAGACUCCCUGGAAAAGACCCUGAUGUUGGGAAAGAUGGAGGGCGCAAGGAGAAGGGGACGACGGAGGACAAGAUGGUGGGACAGUGAUCUCGAAGCUACCAGCAUGAGUUUGACCAAACUGCGGGAGGCAGUGGAAGACAGGAGUGCCUGGCGUGCUCUGGUCCAGGGGGUCACGAAGAGGCGGACACGACUAAACGACUAAACAACAACAAACCAACCACGGCUGCCAGGAUUCUUAGAGUGGAAUCAAAGCACUUUAAAUGUACGAAAGUAGCCUGAAAAACAACUUCCAAGAAGUAAGAAGAUGCUGUCCUAAGCCUGCUUAACCACUUCCUCUUCACGGAGUCAGCAUUAUUCAGAAAAUAAUAGAAUCGCAAACCCGUUUACGAGCAAGAGGAGGGGAGCAGCAGGGUCGAAGACUUCCGCCCAAGUUAUGAAAAAGUAAGGCAGUCAAAGCGACUAGCUGCCACAUGUCACCCACUUGGAUGUGACUGUCGCUAUAUUCAAUCCUACGCCAGCAAAUUCAGGUUUUGCCAUCAUGGUUGAUUGGCAGACCUUGUGCAACAAACCCGGACCAUUGUGCAAUAAGGAAAUUGCUUCCCUUUCCAGGAUUUUCGCUUUCAUCUCCACAAACGGAACGGAUCAGGGCCGAAGGUCACUCCUUCCUCCCCUUGCUUUGGUGUAAGGUUUUAAACACAGGCCAGUUUCUCACACACAGGGGAAGAUGGGAGUCUAAGCAAGCAGCAAGUUUCGGGCUCUCCCAGUCUGAAUCUGUAUUGGAAAUUGUUUUUAAAAUACGUUUUUGUUGUUUCAUCACUUGCCGCUUGCUGUCCUGGGACAAAGCGGGCAGUAUAUAAAUAGAGGAAACGAAUAAAUGCAGGCUUUAUAAUGACCCUCAUAUUGUGGGUCAGGUGCAGGCACCUGAUGAAACAGUUUUCAUGAGGAAUGUAAAACAGCCUGCCAUUUGGUGUGUUAUUCUCAACACUGAAGAGUGGUCACUAUAAUUUUAAUUAAGCCUUUGACGUAAUGAUCACAGUCCGUAUCCUUUUGCUUCCCUCACAGCUUACCAUUUUCUCCUUUUAGGGGUCUGCUCUCCUCUGAUUCCUCCUCCCCUCUCCCAAUUAACCUCCGUCUCUAGGGCUUAGUAAGCAAUACCCAACCUCAGCCCAGGAGACAGAAGUCAUAGCACUGACCAGAGCACUAUAACUCUGCUGGGUGCAAAUAAUAAUAAUAAUAGUUAUUAUUUAUACCCCACCCAUCUGGCUGGGUUUCCACUAAAAUACAAUAACCUAUUAAACAUUAAAAGCUUCCCUAAACAGGGAUGCCUUUAGAUGUCUUCUAAAAGUUUGGUAAGUUAAGUUUGGUAGCAAAGUAAACAUAUACACAGAUGAGGGUGAAGGAAGAAAAACUGGGGUGGGUCGCCCCAUGGCAUCCCUGGGGGCUGCUCCUAGGUCUCAGGUUUGGGCCCUGAUAUCUCCGGGUCUGGAUGUUCCUGCACCAGCAACCUUAUCUCCACCUCAUUCAUUUAAAGCUUGCAAGCUCCAUCACAGCGCAAACCUGGAAAUGGUAGCACAGACUAUGGGGUGUCUGCCCCUCUCCCAAUUAACUUCCGUCUCCAGGGCUCAGCGAUGGGAAGGGAGCGCAGAGGAAGAAACAAACACACAAACAACAUAUGUAUGUGCACCCACCCUGUGUAUUUUGAUUGUUUAUUUUGUUUUGACAUCUCAAAAUUAGAGGUUUUAAUGAGGGUGAAAGAGAAGAGCGCAAAAUAUGGUCUGAAGCUCAACAUCAAAAAAACGAAGAUCAUGGCCACUGGGCCCAUCAUCUCCUGGCAAAUAGAAGGGGAAGAAAUGGAGGCAGUGAGAGAUUUUACUUUCUUGGGCUCCAUGAUCACUGCAGAUGGUGACAGCAGCCAUGAAAUUAAAAAACGCCUGCUUCUUGGGAGAAAAGCGAUGACAAGCCUAGACAGCAUCUUAAAAAGCAACGAUCACCUUGCCAACAAAGGUCCGUAUAGUAAAAGCUAUGGUUUUCCCAGUCGUGAUGUAUGGAAGUGAGAGCUGGACCAUCAAGAAGGCUGAUCGCCGAAGAGUGGAACCUUUUGAAUUAUGGUGCUGGAGGAGACUCUUGAGAGUCCCAUGGACUGCAAGAAGAUCAAACCUCUCCAUUCGGAAGGAAAUCAGCCCUGAGUGCUCACUGGAAGGACAGAUCCUGAAGCUGAGGCUCCAAGACUUUGGCCACCUCAUGAAAAGAGAAGACUCCCUGGAAAAGACCCCGAUGUUGGGAAAGAUGGAGGGCACAAGGAGAAGGGGACGAUGGAGGACGAGAUGGUGGGACAGUGUUCUCGAAGCUACCAGCAUGAGUUUGACCCAACUGCGGGAGGCAGUGGAAGACAUGAGGGCCUGGCGUGCUCUGGUCCAGGGGGUCACGAAGAGGCGGACACGACUAAACGACUCAACAACAAGUACACAAUGGCUAGUUCUCUGGCAACAACAUUGCCAGGGGCCAUCCCUGGGUCUCCAAGUCUUUCCCCCCAAAGAAUUCUGGGAACUGUACUUCAGCCCACCCGGUACCCCUAACGAACUUUUUAAUGCUGCGACCCCUAACCCUGAGAUCCUCAGCUAAAAGGCGGUAUACAAAUGUAGUUCAUAGUUGCCACAGGAUUCUGGACUACAAUUCCCGACAGCCCCUGCCAGCGCAGGUGUGCUGGUUCCCAGGGGCUGACGGGAGUUGUAGUCCGAAAAGCACCUUGAGGGCAGCGGGCUGAGGGAAGCAGCGGGCUUCUAGAAUACUAGAUAUUGUCUCCGUAUGUGGGAUUGUUACGCUCCUGUCGCAUUGAUAUUUAUAUUUCUUUCUUUCUUUUAGGGCCCCCCGCCCCCCCUUCUCCAGACGCUGAUGGACUACAGCUCCCGUCGGCCUCAGCCGCAGCGGCAAGCCGCGAGGGAUGACGGGAGUCGUAGUCCGACAGCGCCCGACGGGGUCGCCGCCUCAGGAUUUAUGGCAGCGGCGACGCGCAAAGGAAGCGACGCUGCUGGGACUCCGCAACCCCUCGGUCAAGUAACCGUUAUGCCAAGACUGAGGCAGAAAUGCCCGGCUGCUGAGGCUUGCGUCGUGACGUCGCUCGGCAAGGAGAGGUGACGCGGCGUUGCCCCGCCCCGCCCUCCUCCAUCGGCGUGGCCCCGCCCAGACGCCGGCUGAUGACGCCUUUGGGCGGCGCCGGCAGCCGCGGCGGCUCCUGAGGGAAGGAGGCGGCGGCGGCGGCGGCGCUGGGAGGCGAGGCGUGAGAGAGAGGCCUCUGCCGCGUCCCGCGCCUCUCUCCCCGCUGCGGGACAAGGUGAGGCGCCCCCGCGCGCGCUGAGGGACCGGGUCCCGUCCCUGGGCCUCCCCGGCCUCCCUCACCGCGGGACCCUCCGCUCCUCGCCCCCCAACCCUCCUUUCCCGUCGUCCUCUGCGGCUGCCCCCCUCGCCCCACACCUCGCCCAGGUUAACCCACCCGGCCACGCCCCUCCCUCCCCCUCUUUGUAUUGGGCCCCCCCCACCAACGCUGCCCAGCCACGCCCCCCCACCCCAGUGGGGUAUUCUGGGGGACUCUUGUUCCAGCACCGUGAGAGGUGCACCUAGAUUCCCUUGCAAGCAGGACUCGCCCCCUUCUUAAAGGGCUGAGGGAGGUCAGGGUGCAGGACUGUGCAAGGGGUGGGGGUGGCAGGGAAACUUGGCCUGUUUGGUGUCUGGAGAAGAAAUUUAUUUAUAUAUAUAUAUAUGUGUGUGUGUGUGUGUAUAUAUAUAUAUAUAUAUAUAUAUAUGGGACGCAGGUGGCGCUGUGGGUUAAACCACAGAGCCUAGGACUUGCCGAUCAGAAGGUCGGUGGUUCGAAUCCCCACGAUGGGGUGAGCUCCCGUUGCUCGGUCCCUGCUCCUGCCCACCUAGCAGUUCGAAAGCACACCAGUGCAAGUAGAUAAAUAGGUACCACUCCGGCGGGAAGGUAAACGGUGUUUCUAUUCGCUGCUCUGGUUCGCCAGAAGCGGCUUAGUCCUGCUGGCCACAUGACCCGGAAGCUGUAUGCCGGCUCCCUCGGCCAGUAAAGUGAGAUGAGCACCACAACCCCAGAGUUGGCCAUGACUGGACCUAAUGGUCAGGGGUUCCUUUACCUUUGCCUAUAUAUAUAGAUAUAUAUAUAUAUAUACACACAGUUGUAUCCUGUGUUAAGUACUUAAUUAGUUCCGGAGGUCCGUUCUUAACCUGAAGCACCACUUUAGCUAAUGGGGCCUCCUGCUGCUGCUGUGCCGCCGGAGCACGAUUUCUGUUCUCGUCCUGAAGCAAAGUUCUUAACCUGAAGCACUAUUUCUGGGUUAGCGGAGUCUGUAACCUGAAGCAUAUGUAACCUGAAGCGUAUGUAACCCGACGUACCACUGUAUAUAUAUCUGCUUGCUGCUCAGUGAAGGGGAAGAGGGCAUGGCGGGGCAGUGGUUAGAGCACCUGCUCUGCACGCAUUGCAGGGGUUGGGCUGGAUGACCCUGGGGGUCCCUUCCAAGUCUACCGUUCUGUGGUUCCAUGCAGGAGGUCCUGAGUUCAGCCACCAGCGGCGUCUCCAGGUAAGAGGAGGAAGGAGCCUCCGGGAGGAGAGGACUAUGUUGAUGGCAGGAGGGCUACUGCUUCGGCUCCAUAGUCAGAGGCCGCAAUGCGUCUGAAUGCUGUUUCUGGAAACUGCUGUAGGGGAGAAGAGCGCCACUGCAGUUACAUCCUGCUUACGGGUUUCUCAUCUGGUCGGGUGCUGUAAGAACAGGGUGCUGGGCUAGGUGAUCCAGCAGGCGUUUCUUCCGUUCUUAGGAAACCCUGGAGAGCGCCUGUGUGUUGCUGAGCCAAAGUGCACACCUCUGGUGGGAAAGGGAAUUGGCUUGGGGGUAGUGCAUGUGUGAAGGUCCAGGUUUGAUCCCCAGCAACGUCUCUUGGUAAGGCUGGGAGAGGCUCCUGCCUGAAACGAUGGAAUGUCACUGCUGCCAGUCAGAGUACUGAGCUGGAUGGAGCCCCCAAAGGUCUGAGUUGGGCACUUUCCUACCUUCCAGUUGGGUCCACAGUGGGACAGCAGGUCCUUUGCAUUCAGAAAACUUGUGUCUUAAGCAUCUGCAGGUAAAAGACGCUCAGGUGGCUGGAUGUCUCUGCCAAAGCAAGGCACUGUCAGUCAAAGUAAACGGCAAGACGGUGCGAUUUGGUUUCCUCUCCCCUUUGCACUUUGCCCUCCCAGCUUUAUUCCCAUACUGAAAGCCAGUAUAGGAGAGAGAGAGAGAUGGAGUUACACUCUCCUAUACAGUGGUACCUCGGAUUAAGUACUUAAUUCGUUCCGGAGGUCUGUACUUAAUCUGAAACUGUUCUUAACCUGAAGCACCACUUUAGCUAAUGGGGCCUCCUGCUGCUGCUGCGCUGCCGGAGCACAAUUUCUGUUCUCAUCCUGAAGCAAAGUUCUCAACCUGAAGCACUAUUUCUGGGUUAGCGGAGUCUAUAACCUGAAGCGUAUGUAACCACUGUACUGGCUUUUGCAGAAAACUGAGGGUUUGACACUAACCUCAGUUUCCCGAGUUACACUUCCCUCGGCAAACUGAGGUUUGUGUCAAACCCUCGGUUUUCUGCGAUGUCCUCUUGAACCUGCAUUCUUCUACCCCCUUUGCGUGGCAUAAGAAGCACCUGUUAAAUCAGGCCAAAGAGGACCAUAUCUAGUCCAGCAUCCUCAUAGCUGCUAACCAGAUGCCUGUGGGAAACCCAAAAGAAGGACCCGAACAUCAGAGCACACUCUCCUCCGAUGGUUUCCAGCAGCUGGUAUUCAGAAGGAGACAGGGCAGAGGCAUCAUGGCUACUAGCCAUCCAUAACCCUUUCCUCCUCCAUGAAUUUGUCCAGUCCUCUUUGAAAGCCAUCUAGGUUUAUGGCCAUCAAUGCCUUCGGUGGGAGCAAGUGCCAUAGUUUUAAGUAUGUGUUACGUGAAAAAGUCCUUUUAUCUGUCCUGUAACUAAGUGAAUAAUGAGGUAGUAGCUCCCUUGCCUGAGGCUGGGGGGGGGGCCGGGGGAGGUUGGCGUUCAUUGAGCCAGGAAGCCCAUCCAAAUUUUGCUGCUAGCUCCUGCAUGUUCAGAUAUUUCAGUUGAGCUUCCAGCCCUGGUUUAGGGACCGUCUUGUUCAGCUCCCUCUUUGGCAGUGGAGUUUUCUGUCACGGGAUGUAACGCCCACACUGAGUGAAGCCAGCCAGGUAUAAUGAGCAAGCACUCCAGUUGGCAGGGGAAUGCCAGGCCAUCUCAGGUGUGCGGAAAGCUUUCCCCCUAAUCUGCCUGAAACAUGCGAGCCUAGUUUAAAAGGAGCCAGGAAUCAGUAUUGGGAACUGUGUGCCUACCCCCCACUUGAGAUGCAGAAGAAGAAAAAUGGAGGAACAAAUUCCCAAACGGUGGCUCAAACUGGAGUCACAUUUUACAGAUAAAAAGGUAAAGGUACCCCUGCCCGUACGGGCCAGUCUUGCCAGACUCUAGGGUUGUGCGCUCAUCUCACUCUAGAGGCCGGGAGCCAGCGCUGUCCGCAGACACUUCCGGGUCACGUGGCCAGCGUGACAAGCUGCAUCUGGCGAGCCAGCUCAGCACACGGAACGCCGUUUACCUUCCCGCCAGAGCGGUCCCUAUUUAUCUACUUGCACCCGGGGGUGCUUUCGAACUGCUAGGUUGGCAGGCACUGGGACCGAGCGACGGGAGCGCACCCCGCCGUGGGGAUUCGAACCGCCGACCUUUCGAUCAGCAAGUCCUAGGCGCUGAGGCUUUUACCCACAGUGCCACCCGCGUCCCCUAUACCUUUGUGCAAAUAUCUUCAGGGGCAAACGUUCUCCCUUGCUUUGAAAGGGAAGAAAAAGGGCAUUGAGUUAUCUGAACGUUUCAUUAUUUAUUGCAUUUAUAUACAAACUUUCUAAGUAGCUCAAGGUAGCAUAUGUUGUUCUCCCCAUCCCUGUUGGAUCAUUGCGACAACCUUUUGAGGGAGGUUAGGCUGAGAGGCAGCCACUUCCCCAAAGUUACCCUGUGAGAGCUUCAUGGCUGAGUGGGGAUUUGAACCCUGGUCCUUCCCACCUCCUAGUCUUGACACUCUUGACGGCUACACCACACUGGCUCUCAAAACAUAACUGCCAGCGUACACCGAGGGUGGGAUUUGAACCCAUGCUCUCAGAGCCUAGUCCACUGCCUUAACCACUGAGCCACCAUGUGCGCAGAAAGGGUAGUCUUGGAGGUAAGCAGUCCAGCUUCCGACGUGCUUUGGUGUUUGUGGUUUUUCUUAAAUACAUUAAAGCACUGUCUGGUCUUCGUGGAUGCAAAGUUAUUUGGAAAAGUUGCUUGAAGGCAAGCGGCAAGGGCCAGACAGGAACUGGGUCUUACAUCCACCUAAGUAUUUCUGCGUUCUGUACAACGUCUCCUGCCUGUGCCUGAUUCUAGUUGUGGCACACUAUGCUAAAUCAGCCGUCUCCAUGCGUCCUGUCCAUGCGCCUGGUUUUCACAAUGCGGAAGCCCCUUCUACUCUUCUCCCAUGACCGUAACGCAGAUCUUCUUUUCUCUCUAUCUCUCUCUCUCCCCCCGCAGCCGCGUCGGCACCAUGAAGGAAAUGUUUCAAGACGAGAAGUAUUGGGGGGGCCCGUCCCCCAGCCUCCGCGACCCCACGGGGCACCGGGACAAGCUGUGCCGCCCCUCCCAGGAGUGGGGUGAGCCGGAGCGCAAGCACGGCGGCUGCUUCGAGGGGAACCGGCGCCUGGCCUACGCGAAGAAGCAGCCCCUGGGCUUCAGCCCUUCGUCCUCUGCCAGCGAGGAAGAAGAAGGGAGGUGGGACCUCCCUUGCAUGUCCGGCUGGGAGGUGGCCGGCGUGGGCCAGUCCCACCCGGCCCAGAGCAAAGCCGGCAGGGCGAAGGUCCCCCGGAGCGGGGGCCGGGCCUGGCCCUUCGACGUGGCCGCGGGCACCGGCUCCCGGAGGCGCCCGCAACUUCUGGGGGCGCCGAGGGCGCGCUGCUUCCGCCGCCAGCGCCGGCGUGCCCUGCGGGCCUUCCGCAUGCUCCUCUACGCCAAAAGCUCCUCCCUGGCUUUCCAUUGGAAGCUGUGGGGCAAGAUGGCCUCCAGGGGGCGCCGGCGGGGAGGGGGAGCAGCGGGGGCGAAGCGGGCCCGGUCGUCCCUGUCCCUCUCGCCCGGCUCGCAGCCCGACGACGACCACCUCCCUCUAUACAAGAAAAGCUGCCCCUUGCGGGAGGAGGACUGCCGGGGCGGGGCCAAGCGCAGGCCCCGCCCCGCCCGCUUCAAGCCCCGCCCUCCCGAGCCCCACCUGGACUACGACUUGGACGGGGCUUUCCCUGCGUCGUCGUCCUCCUCGCCCCCUCCGGCCUCUUCUCGCCUCAGCCUGCUGGGGGCCCUGAUGGUCGACGCCUCGCCCCUACCCUCAGUACGUGGAGCUGCAGAGGGUCAGCUUCGACAAAGACCCCGGAGCCGCCGAGCUGGAGGAGGAAGCCACCGGCCUGCUCAAGUACCCUGGCGGAGGGGCCCACGCCUCCCCCAGGACUAGAAAGUGCGGAGAGGCAGAGCACAGCCUGGAUGGAGACGGAGGUAAAGCUCACGUUUAACCGCUGCCCUUCGACCCCUCCUGGCGUUUGUGGUGGCUAGCUAAUAGCUAGCGCUGUGUGGCUUACCUGUAGCGUGCUGCAUUUCUUGUUUAUUCGGCGCAUCUUCACCCCGCUCCAAAAACGCUCCCAGAGCAGUUUACGCACAAUCAGAACGAGACCAUCCCUACCCUCAGGCUUAAACUCUUAACAAAAAACACAAGAACACAGCACACAAGGAAAGGGGGCAGGGAGGGAAGAGGAAAAUAAAAGCUGAUUUCCCAUUUCCAAACAACAACAAUUAUUAUUAUUAUUAUUAUUAUUAUUAUUAUUAUUUAUUCGUACCCCAGCCACUCUCGGCGGCUUCCAACAAAGUUUAAAAAUACAUUAGAAUGUCACACAUUGAAAACUUCCCUGAACAGGGCUGCCUUCAGAUGUCUUCUAAAUGUCAGGUAGUUAUUUUUCUCUUUGACAUCUGGUGGGAGGGUGUUCCACAGGGCGGGCGCCACUACCGAGAAGGCCCUCUGCCUGGUUCCCUGUAGCUUUGCUUCUCGCAGGGAGGGAACCACCAGAAGGCCCUCGGAGGUGGACCUUAGCGUCCAGGCUGAACAAUGGGGGUGGAGACGCCCUACUGGCACAGUUCAGGGGUGGGAGGUGCCUGAUGGAGCUGGGAAAAGCCGAUGCAAAGAUCCUUCCCAGUCCCUUCUCUCCCACUGAGGCAUGACUGCCGAGGGUAGGGGAAGCCUGGCAGACCUGGCCUGCCGCAGUUUUAAAUAACUGCCUGUGGCUUUUUAAACUGGUGUGCCUUUCCACCGUGUUUGUGCGCGAUGUGAGCUAGCAUCACGGUGAAGGGUGUGAGCUGGAUGGUGCCGAGUUCAAAUCCUGAGGGACGGAAGGGGCUCCGUAAGGGCUCCCGUCCAUCCCUCAUCGUGCAUCGCUGUGAAGGCAUCAGAACAAGAGGCGUUGCGCAGCGAUCCCUCUUGGUGUUCUGGCUUCUGGGAUAGCUGCACAGCCUGCAUUCGUUCCAUAAGACGCACACACAUUUUUUUAGGAAAUAGUGCGUCAAUCCGUAGCACCUCAAAUUUGGACUGGGAAAGAUGGCCCCCUUCAAGGCACUGCAAGGUUUUCUCAAACUCCCGCGGUUGUUGGACUUAGUGAUGUUAAAUUCUCGAGAAUAAUCUUCUGCAGAAUAUUCUCGAUUAAUGAGAAUAUUAGAGAAUUUUCAGUUAAAAUAGGAGAAUAUUCCUUUUAAUGCAUUGAAAAUUAUAUAAUUAGUUAACGUACUUGUUCAGAUGGCAACCAAAAACUGUACGGAUACUUCUAUUCAAUGGGGCAACGCAGUGAAUUCACAUUCUUUGAUAGGCCUAAAUUUGAAAUGACCAUCAUAAUCUCAAUCGUACCGGCUAUAUAAAGGUAAAGGUACCCCUGCCCGUACGGGCCAGUCGUGUCCGACUCUAGGGUUGUGCGCCCAUCUCACUGAAGAGGCCGGGGGCCAGCGCUGUCCGGAGACACUUCCGGGUCACGUGGCCAGCGUGACGAAGCUGCUCUGGCGAGCCAGCACCAGCGCAGCACACGGAAACGCAGUUUACCUUCCCGCUAUAAAGCGGUACCUAUUUAUCUACUUGCACUUGAGGGUGCUUUCGAACUGCUAGGUGGGCAGGAGCUGGGACCGAAAGAUGGGAGCUCACCCCGCCGCGGGGAUUCGAACCGCCGACCAUGCGAUCGGCAAGCCCUAGGCGCUGAGGUUUUACCCACAGCGCCACCCGCGUCCCCGCACCAGCUAUAUAAAAGAGCACAAAAAUUGUAGCAUUACACGGGAAACAUAGUACAGUGGGCCUACUGCAAAUACUUAAGUAGUUCUAAAACUGGUUGUAGGCCUAAAUUUGAAACGACAAUAUUAUAGCAUUAAACUUGAAAUAUUAUUACAGUAGGCUCAUAGAAGGUCUAAAUUUUUAUUACAGCUUGGCUUAUUAUUUACUAGUUUUUUUAAUGUGGGUUGUAAAACUGGUUCUUACAUUAGAAUUUAUAGUUUGUGGAGAAUAUUCUCCGGAGAAUUUUCUAGCAGAGAAUAUUCUCAUUCUCGAGAAUAUUCUCACCUCACAUCACUAGUUGGACUACAACUCCCAUCAUCCCUAGCUAGCAGGACCGGCGGUCAGGGAUGAUGGGAGUCGUAGUCCAUACCCAAGUCUGAGAAACACUGCUCUUGAGAGCUGCUUUCCCUAGGAGUAAAUCUUAUUGAGCUUAGAUGGAUCAGUUGUCUGAGUAAUAAGGCAACUUCUUCCCUAUAUUCUUAAGCAGCAGGUACCGUACCAGGUAUCGCUCAAGAGAUCUAAGAAAUCAGUGCAGUUUCAGAGUUGGUGGUUAGAAUCAGUGCAGCUUUGAAAAGCUCGCUCUGCCGGGGCACAAGACCAGGCAGUGUGUCUGGAGGUCCUGGGCUGCCCAGACGACAAGACCCCCUCUCACUUUUCCCAAAGGAAAAGCAGAGCAAGACGUUAGGCACCAGCUUGGCUCCAGGAGUUGCCAGAAGGAGACUCCCAUUUCGAAUUUCUCUCUGCCAUCUAAAUGGCGUCCAGUUACAUCCAAACACAGAUAAAAAAAACCUGGUCUUUGAUCUCAGGAACAGUCAUGAGAAAUUUGGUUAAGUCCUCCUCUGUUGUCUCCCAGGAUAGGCGGAGGCCAAUCAAAUCUUAAGAGGCAUCCAGUGCAUUGCAAAAAGACAAAACAACAAAAAUAUUCACUGUAGUAGACUAUCGGAAAGUGCCCAGCAUUGGCCAGGAAUUCUGGGGGUGAGGGGGGGAAAUCCUGAGAUUUAUAAAUAGAUAAUGUAAUUUGUUAGUUUCUACGGCUGUGCAUGGCACUUACCUGGAGAAUACCUGGCCAGGAUCUGGUCCCGAAUCAAACAGAUUCCAUUACCAUGGGGGCCAUAGAUGAGAGGUCGCCAGACCCUCAGCACUGGACAAAUGGGGGCAGUAGUUGGUUUUUCUGGCCUCCCACCCCUAGUCCUGAGGUUAGAGCUCCUCUUCCUACCACACCAGUGCACAGCCCUAUUUUGCUCUAUAAGACUCACUUUUUCCCUCCUAAAAAGUAAGGGGAAAUGUGUGUGUGUGUUAUGGAGCGAAUGCAGGCUGCGCAGCUAUCCCAGAAGCCAGAACAGCAAGAGGGAUUGCUGCUUUCACUGCGCAGCGAUCCCUCUUGCUGUUCUGGCUUCUGAGAUUCAGAAUAUUUUUUUCUUAUUUUCCUCCUCCAAAAACUAGGUGCGUCUUGUGGUCGGGUGCGUCUUAUAGAGCGAAAAAUACGGUAGUUUAUUUUCAUAUUUGGUUAAAAAUCAGUGCAGCCCUGAACGUUCCAGCCCACCAUCUUGGUCAAUGAUAACCUCAGAGGUGUCAAAAUCGUUUGGAAUCGUCUUGUUUCAAAAUGGGUUGGGGCAGUGUCGAAACACUGAUGAGAACAGUCUCCCCCGCCUCAUCGCUCCAAGCUUGGCGCCGAUAUCUCACGAGACGGGUGGAGAAACCGCUUUCCGAAAUGUGUAGUAGUUUUGGGGGGUGCUGCUAUUAACGCAUGCGGGUCCCUGCGAGGCCUCUGAAACCCUCCCGCCUCUCUCUCGCGCUGCAGGCCCCAUGGACGCCCUCCCCAACGGCUUUGCCUCCCUCACUCCCGACGGCGACCUCUGCUCCCUCCCCGGAGUCACGGACGCCACCAUCCUCAUCAGCAACGUCUGUAGCAUCGGGGGCCACGCGGCGGAGGAGCUCUUCCAGGGGCCCCGGGACAAAGACAGGCCGCUGGAUCCUUCCGGGAUCAGGCUCGAAGGCGACCUGGCCACCGAAGGCAGCCUAGAGAGGCCCAGCGAGAAGGCAGCCCAGCACAGCCCCCUGAGAGAAGAACACAUCACAUGUGUCCACAGUAAGGAGAGGGGGCCGGAAUGGGUGGGUGGGCAAGCAGAUGAAACAGUCCCCUCCUUCUCCCCCCCACAUGGGAUCUUCAAGGCUAUUGCCCCUAGACUGUCUUGGACGGUGGUGGCUGCUUCGAUCUGGCUUCAGGCCCAGCUGGAGGAGGGAAACAGCCUUGGGUGCUCCGGGGGCCGUGGGGGAGUCCUGUCUGGUUAGUUUCCUUGGGCCUCUUAGCAGCAUUCGCUACCCUCGGCUAUGAUACGAUAUGAUAAUCUUUAUCGUCAUUGUCCCAUACAGAACAAUGAAAUUGAAAAUCUGCAUCAGACAUUCAGAAACCAACAAGCCUGCUAUCCCAGCCUGGUUAGCCCCCUAAAAUCUCUGAUACCCCAUAAUUAAAUACAAUAUACUCCCAUAGAGACUACCUUACACUGCAUUUAAAACCAAAAUCGCAUUUGGAUAGAAACUGUUUCUCCUGCGGCUAGUCCUCGUCUCAGUAACCCUUUACCUUCUUCCAGAAGGCAGAAGCUGAAAGAGAUCAUUUCCGGGGUGCGCACUAUCCUGCGCUAUCUCUGCAGCUUUCUUCCUCCUCGGGGAAAAGCCCCCAAGAGCCGCACACCUGCUCCACGUGGCUCUUUAAAGGGAGCGCUGAGCAGAACCUCCCGCCUGCAUUCACUCCAUAAGACGCACACACAUUUCCCCUUACUUUUUAGGAGGGGGAAAGUGUGUCUCAUAGAGCGAAAAAUACGGUAAUACAAAAAACAGGAUUGUGUAUUUAAGACUUCCCCUGGCCCCAUCUGAUCUCCUUCCCCAGCAGCUCACUGCCUGCUUUAACAUGAUAUGGUGAAGGCAAUAACUUUCCCCCACAAAAAAAGCACGUAGAACUACAGAAGGAAGCUGGAAGACCAAAGCGUGCUCCCUCUUUCUCUUUCUCUUCCUCCCACUUCCUCCUUCAGCAGACCGUGCUUUCCAAGGCUUGGAAGAGAACCCAAGAACAGGAAGCUCAGUGGCCAAGAGGGGAGAGGGGGAGUAAUCUGGAGGAAUGGAAAGAGAGGCAGAAAAUGAGGAAGUCAGGGAAGGGGGAGAGUGCAAAAGGGAACACACACACACACAAUUUCUUUUAAAAUGGAUGCUUUUAAAAUUACACCCACACCCACACACCCUAAGGGGCUUAUCUCCUUCCCAUGUAAAUCACAGAUCAAAUCUGUCUCCAUUGACGGAACACUACAGAUCACAGCUUCAGGGCUUUUUAGCUUUAAAAAUGGUAAAGGGACCCCUGACCAUUAGGUCCAGUCGCGGCCGACUCUGGGGUUGCGGAGCUCAUCUCGCUUUACUGGCCGAGGGAGCCGGCGUACAGCUUCCGGGUCAUGUGGCCAGCAGGACUAAGCCGCUUCUGGCUCACCAGAGCAGCGCACGGAAACGCCGUUCACCUUCCCACCGGAGUGGUACUUGCACUUUGAGGUGCUUUCGAACUGCUAGGUUGGCAGGAGCAGGGACCGAGCAACGGGAGCUCACCCCGUUGUGGGGAUUCGAACCGCCGACCUUCUGAUUGGCAAGUCCUAGGCUCUGUGGUUUAACCCACAGCGCCAUCCGCGUCCCUGUGUUUAGCUUCAGCAUAAUGCAAAAACACAGCUCCAAGGGGCUCGAAAUUAUUUUCAAGGGAUCCCCCACUAAACAACUAAUUCCUAGGUCACCUCUCAUGCCCACAGCUGUCUUUGGUUGUUUAUUGGUGGUUCUGCUCUCCUCGGGUUAAAUAAUAAUAAUAAUAAUCCUGAAGCUUCAUGAGGAUCUGUGCCUGGGACCAGGGCUGGAUCUGUAGUUUUGUUCCCUGUGCGGACUACAACAUCCGCUCUAAUUCGAUGGCAUGUAAAACGGGACAGCUAAAAUGAAGUCCUUUGUGCAACGCAGUCAAACUGUGGAAUCCUCUCCCCCAGGAGACAGGGAUGGCCAGCAAUGUGGAUGGAUUUCUAAGAGGUCUAGACAAAUUCAUGGAGGAGGAGAAAGCUAUUGAUGGCUCCUAGCCAGGAUGGCUGUGUCUCUGCCUCCACAGCUGGAGGAAGUGAAGCUUCCGAAGGCCAGUUGCUGGAAAACACAAGAGGGGAGACUUGCUCUUGGGGUCGGAUCCUGCUUACAGGUUUCCCACUGGGGCAUCUGGGUGGCCGCUGUGAGAACAGGAUGCCGGGCUGAAGGAACAUUGGCCUGAUUCAGCAGGGCUCUUACGUAAAACACAAAUUAAUUUCAUUUAUCUGUGCCAUAAAAUUUACAGACUGCUGGAUGGUAAAAAAGGAAAACAGCCCGCCAGCAACAGCCCUCAGAGUGGUUUACAAAAAAAAGAUAAAGUAAAUUUAUUGAUAAGAAAAAUAAGCAAUGAUAAUUUAAGAUCAACGCACACAAAGUACAGUGGUGCCCCGCAAGACGAAAAACUCGCUAGACGAAAGAGUUUUCCGUUUUUUGAGUCGUUCCGCAAGACGAAUUUCCCUAUGGGCUUGCUUCGCAAGACGAAACGUCUUGCGAGUUCUUGCGAGUUUGUUUCCUUUUUCUUAAAGCCGUUAAUAGCCGCUAAGCCGCUAAUAGCCGUGCUUCGCAAGACGAAAAAACCGCAAGAGGAAGAGACUCGCGGAACGGAUUAAUUUCAUCUUGCGAGGCACCACUGUAAUGGAAUCACAAAUGUACAAUACAGUGGUACCUCAGGUUACAUACGCUUCAGGUUACAGACUCCGCUAACCCAGAAAUAGUACCUCGGGUUAAGAACUUUGCUUCAGGAUGAGAACAGAAAUCGUGCUCUGGCGGUGCGGUAGCCGCAGGAGGCCCCAUUAGCUAAAGUGGUGCUUCAGGUUAAGAGCAGUUUCAGGUUAAGAACAGACCUCCGGAAUGAAUUAAGUUCUUAACCCGAGGUACCACUGUAAUAGAAUAUGGUGUCGGAAUUUGGAAUUCAAGAGGUUCAGUUUUAAUUCUGCUGGAUAUGACCUCAUAGCGGGACACACACACACACACCGCCCUGUCUCCCAUCCAGAGAGAGCCUACUUUUAAUAUUUAAAACAGGCUUCUGCACCUCCAGGCUGUUCUCAAGGGCGUCCAAGCAGUGUCCAUCCAUACCCCCCCGCAAUAAACUCUGUGGCUUGGCUCCCGUGGCUUCAGGUUUCUCCUCCUGUCGUUUCUGCCAGACAUCCUGGACGAGUUCCUGCAGACGUACGGCAGCCUCAUCCCCAUCAGCGUGGACGAAGUCGUGGAGAAGCUAGAGGACAUCUUCCAGCAGGAGUUCUCUACGCCCCAGAGGUAGGGCCUCUCUUCCCGCUCGUGGGAAUUUGACUCCAUCCCCUUCCACUCUGUCUCCAGGUGUGCUGGUCCCGGGGCAGGGGUGUUACCGUGAGGCAUGGUCAAAGUCCGGUCCUGGGUCGAGGGUCCGGAGACUGUCCACCAAGGGGGAAGCAGGGUCCAAAGCAAGAAGCCGGGCGUGGCCGGGAACUCCGGGAAAACAGGUCUGGGUGCUGGCAGAAACAGGUUUCCAACGUCGUUGCUCCCGCAACCUGGGACUGGGCUGACUGGCCUUUAUCCCUUCUGAGGCCAGGGGCGGUCCCGGCCCACCGGUGACCCGCCUCUCCUGGCCUGGAGGCGAGCACUCCUCCUGGGAGAACCCAGUUCCCUCCGCCUCUCUGCCCUGAGCCUCUGCAGCUCAGGAGAGGCUGGAGGGUUACUGGACCCAGGGGCAGCUUCACCUUCCCCUGACAGGGCUGGGAGAGGCGCACCUGCAGGCAGUGGAUCCUCAAAUCACCUCCGGAGCCAGAGUGGAUGCAUCUGGUGCCUGCUCCUGAGGAUCCGGCACAGGUGCAGGCCCUUCAGACUCAAGCCCCUGCCCCAGCUCAGCCGGCCCUGGAGGCAGGGACUCCUGUGCAGGCUGGGAUUCCUCCGGUUCAGCCUCUGAAUCAGAUUCCCAGGCCAUCACACCAGGCAGGGGAGUGGCAGAGAGAGCUGGGUGAGGGCACCCAGUCUCCAGAAAUCGAGGCUCCACGUGGCUUUAAAGCUGAGUGUGAGGGGCUCGACCAGGAGGCCUCGGUUGUUUCUUUCAGCGCCUGGGGCUAAGGUGGGCACCUGAUGCCCAGGGCUUAGUAAUUUUACAGACCCGACUUCCUGGAUUGGCUUCGGUUAAGACUCUGCUUUGUUUACAACAUGACUGCAUCUUACGGGCGUUUGGUUCCAGGGGUUAGGGCGCACACAAGAAUAUUGCGUGCAGUGGUACCUUGGUUCUCGAACUUAAUCCGUCCCGGAAGUCCGUUCCAAAACCAAAGCGUUCCAAAACCAAGGCACGCUUUCCCAUAGAAUGUAAUGCAAAACGGAUCAAUCCGUUCCAGGCUUUUAAAAACAGCCCCUAAAACAGCAGUUUAGCAUGAAUUUUACUAUCUAACGAGACCAUUGAUCCAUAAAACAAAAGCAAUAAUCAAUGCACUGUACAGUGGUACCUCGGGUUACAUACGCUUCAGGUUACAUACGUUUCAGGUUACAGACUCAGCUAACCCAGAAAUAGUACCUCGGGUUAAGAACUUUGCUUCAGGAUGAGAACAGAAAUCGUGCUCCGGCAAUGCAGCAGUAGGAAGUCCCAUUAGCUAAAGUGGUGCUUCAGGUUAAGAACAGUUUCAGGUUAAGAACGGACCUCCGGAACGAAUUAAGUACUUAACCCGAGGUACCACUGUACUAUAAAAUGAAUAAGGCAGUAUUGUAGAUGAUAAAAAUUAAAACUAAUUUUUUUCUUACCUGCGCUGAUAAUAGUCACUGUUUGGAUGGGGGGCUUUUAUCCGUUUCCGCAGUCACACAAUCAAUCAAUCAGUAGCCGAACUGGGUUCCACACAGUCACAAAAACAAAUUAACCGAAAAGCUCUCAAAAGCAAAACGCAAAAUAAAUAGCAAAAACAAAAGCGCCAAACUUAAUUCGUUCCAGAAGUCCGUUUGACUUCCGAAAUGUUGGAAAACCAAGGCACGGCUUCUGAUUGGUGCAGGCACCCUGAAACAAUAGCCAACUACCGCAUUGGAUGUUCGGGUUCCGAAAAGCGUUCGAAAACUGGAACACUUCCUUCUGGGUUUUUGGCGCGCUUUCCCAUAGAAUGAAAUGCAAAAUGGAUCAAUCCGUUCCAGGCUUUUAAAAACAGCCCCUAAAACAGCAGUUUAGCAUGAAUUUUACUAUCUAACGAAACCAUUGAUCCAUAAAACAAAAGCAAUAAUCAAUGCACUGUACUAUAAAAUGAAUAAGGCAGUAUUGUAGAUGAUAAAAAUUAAAACUUCCUUCUGGGUUAAAUUAAAACUUCCUUCUGGGUUUUUGACGUUUGAGAACCAAGGUACCACCGUACAGUGGUACCUUGGGUAACAUACGCUUCAGGUUACAGACUCCGCUAACCCAGAAAUAGUACCUGGGGUUAAGAACUUUGCUUCAGGAUGAGAACAGAAAUUGUGCUCCGUCAGCGCGGCGGCAGCGGGAGGCCCCAUUAGCUAAAGUGGUGCUUCAGGUUAAGAACAGUUUCAGGUUAAGAACGGACCUCCGGAACGAAUUACCGCAUUUUUCGCUCUAUAAGACGCACCAGACCACAAGACGCACCCAGUUUUUGGAGGAGGAAAACAAGAAAAAAUAUAUUCUGAAUCUCAGAAGCCAGAACAGCAAGAGGGAUCGCUGCGCAGUGAAAGCAGCAAUCCCUCUUGCUGUUCUGGCUUCUGGGGUAGCUGCGCAGCCUGCAUUCGCUCCAUAAGACGCACACACAUUUCCCCUUACUUUUUAGAAGGGAAAAAGUGAGUCUUAUAGAGCAAAAAAUACGGUAAGUACUUAACCCGAAGUACCACUGUAUACCCAAAUUCUCAGAGCUGUCCCCCGUGGCAUUUUUGUUCUCACGGUCAUCCCUCUCUGGGUCUCUCCGGACCCUACAGGAAAGGCAUGGUCAACCAACUCAUCCAGUCCUACCAGCGCUUGCCGGGCAAUGCCAUGGUUCGGACCUUCCGGGUCACUUAUAAGCGCCACGUGGUCACCAUGGACGACCUGCAGACACUCUACGGGCCCAACUGGCUCAACGACCAGGUAGGCUGCGGAGGCGAACGGGGCUAGGGAGAAAAAACUGGGAGGUGGGGGUUGGGGGGGGGAGAGAAAGGUGACUGGCUGGAGGAAAGUAUGGGGGGGGGAGAGGCACAGCCAGCGGUGGUGCAGUUACGAGAGCUGGCGUGAAGAGACCGCCAAGCGAUGGAAGUGGCUGUAAAUCGGGGGGGGUGUCCUUGCCUCUCUCUCGUUUCUCCAUUUGCAAAAUGGGGGUGACGUUUCAGAUCUUCUCCACCGGGUUUCUGGGACCAGUGUACAGUAAGCUAAGUUCUGUGUCCGGUUCUGGGCACCCCAGUUUACGAAGGGUAUUCCCCACCCCCCAAUUUUUUUUAUUAAUUUUCAACAUUUAUCGCAAACAUAUAUAACACACAAAAAGAAACGUACAUUACAAUACUAAAGAAAACAAAACAAAACAAAAUAAUAAUAUUUCUGAUACCCAAUUUAACUUCCUCAAAUCCCCCCUAACUGAAUUUCAUUGAAUCACUUUGUAACAGCUCUCCAAAAAGCUUAUAUGAGGUGUUGUUGUUGUUGUUGUUUAGUCGUUUAGUCGUGUCCAACUCUUCGUGACCCCCUGGACCAGAGCACGCCAGGCCCUCCUGUCUUCCACUGCCUCCCGCAGUUUGGUCAAACUCAUGCUGGUCCCUUCAAGAACACUGUCCCACCAUCUCAUCCUCCGUCGUCCCCUUCUCCUUGGGCCCUCCAUCUUUCCCAACAUCAGGGUCUUUUCCAAGGAGUCUUCUCUUCUCAUGAGGUGGCCAAAGUCUUGGAGCCUCAGCUUCAGGAUCUGUCCUUCCAGUGAGCACUCAGGGCUGAUUUCCUUCAGAAUGGAGAGGUUGGAUCUUCUUGCAGUCCAUGGGACUCUCAAGAGUCUCCUCCAGCACCAGAAUUCAAAAGCAUCCAUUCUUUGGCAAUCAGCCUUCUUGAUGGUCCAGCUCUCACUUCCAUACAUCACUACUGGGAAAACCAUGGUUUAACUAUACGGACCUUUGUUGGCAAGGUGAUGUCUCUGCUUUUUAAGAUGCUGUCUAGGUUUGUCAUUGCUUUUCUCCCAAGAAGCAGGCGUCUUUUAAUUUUGUGACUGCUGUCACCAUCUGCAGUGAUCAUGGAGCCCAAGAAAGUAAAAUCUCUCACUGCCUCCAUUUCUUCCCCUUCUAUUUGCUAGGAGGUGAUGGGCCCAGUGGCCAUGAUCUUCGUUUUUUUGAUGUUGAGCUUCAGACCAUAUUUUGCGCUCUCCUCUUUCACCCUCAUUAAAAGGUUCUUUAAUUCCUCCUCACUUUCUGCCAUCAAGGUUGUGUCAUCUGCAUAUGUGAGGUUGUUGAUAUUAUAAGAGGUACUCCUACACAACACACAAAGAGUCAUAAAGGAUUCUCCUGUAUACAUCAAGGAAGUUCACUGAUCAUGGGAUGUGAAAUGCCUGACUCCACCCUGGUAUCAGCUUCCUUGGGGUGCCCCAAAACGUUUGGUCUUGACUGUCGCACUUUAACCCCAAACACCUUGGGAACCUAGCCUUCAGUAGGGGCUGUUGACAGUCAAGUCCCUUUUCUGACUUCCCUGUCAAAGAUCUUCAAGGAGAGAUGAUGGCUUAUCCCGCCCCCCCCGCCCCCCGAUGUUCACUCAAGAACAGAAAUAGCAAAACAUCCUGGCUGGCCUUGUUCCUUGCACCUCUCUUGAGGUCAGAUCAGGAGAAAUAAGGAACGCAGCGUAGGAGGGGAAGCAGGAGAGUCACAAAAUGCAGAAACACCAAAACCAGGCCAGAUACAUUCUACGGGAAAGGUUAAAAGCAAUCAACGCUGAAACAAAACCUGUAUCGAGAAUUCAGUAAUCAAAUUCCAGAUUUUUUUUAUAUCGCUGUGAAUGGACGUAUGAAUGCUAUCUGGCAUAAUAAAUCCGGAGGGUGGAGCCUAGCAAGGGGUCCUGCCGUUUCCUUUGAGGAGGAGAUGGAGGAGAUUAAAGAAAUCUUGUCUGGUUUACUUUUUUUUUUUCUUCUCCUUUCCCCUCCCUCCCCACUCCAGCCCUCCCCGCCCCCUGUCAGGCCUUCCUUCUUCAUAUCUUUAUCCAUGUACACAGUCUGUUCAUUCAAGCUUGUAUGUUAGGGUUGGCUUCCCCUCUUUCUAUCCAGUUCCUGUAAAAUGCCCAUUUAUUUGUGAUUCUUUGGCAUUUAUUUUCCCAUCUAUCCUCUACCACUAUCUGUGCGAAUAUUUCCGAUUGUACGUAUUCAAAAACGUAAUCAUUCCAUUUUUCCAUAUUCCAUUUGGCCUUUUCUUUCCAUCCCAAAGCAGUAACUGCCAUUCCAGCUAGAAUCAUAAUCUUGUACAACUCUUGCUUAUCACUCUUUACUUUGUUAUUUCCCAGUAUUCCCGAAAAUAACAAAUCCCUAUUAACUUCUAUGUUUAUUUGAAAUAGUCCAGAAAUUACCUUUAUAAUCUUUUGCCAGUAUUCCUUAACCAGAUUACAUUCCCACCACAUGUGUGAAUAUAGUCCUUUUUCCUGACCAUAAAUUAAUCUUGUCUGUUGACCCCUAACCUAUUUGCCUCCUUUUUUUCUGGGCAGGUAAUGAACAUGUACGGGGACCUCGUCAUGGACACAGUGCCAGAGAAGGUGAGCAUCGCUAUUAACCUCCCAGUGAUCUUUGAGCAAAGGGAGGCAUAUAACUUUAAUAAUAAUAAUAAUAAUAAUAAUAAUAAUUUUUCACUUAUGGGGGGGUUAAAGACAGUGUGGAGACCCAGUGCGGAGGGAGCGAACAGGCCCUUCGCCAUGUGUUCAUAAGAAGAGCGCCGCCGGAUCAGGCCCGUGGCCCGUCCAGUCCAGCAUCCUGUUCUCACAGUGGCCAACCAGACGAUGCCUGAAAGGGAAGCCUUACAUGCAGGAACAGUGGUUCUUUCCCUGCUUGCAGUUCCCAGGACCUGCUAUUCAGGGGCGUUUACUGCCUCCGACAGGACACAGCCAUUGCGGCUGGUUAUUAUUUAUUAAAUUUGUACACACACACACCCCCCUUCAUCCUUAGAUCUCAGGGAAGUUUACAACCAAAUUACAAAAAGUGCGAUGAAAUGAUAGCCUCGUCCCCUGUGAUUUUGUCCGAUUGAAACCAUCCAAGCUGGUGGCCGUCGCUGCGUCCUGUAGGAGAAGAUCGCAGUUUGUUCCUUGCUGAAGUAGCCCCUCUGCUGAAUCUCAGUUAGGCAUGGACCAAGAGAGAGGGCGCUUCGUUCUUCCAGCAGGUGAGGGUGACCUGACCUCUCUGGAGAGUCACGCUAGCAGCAGCACCCACCUCAUCCUCUUCGUCAUGAGAAAGGAGGAGAACGACAGGGAGAGACUAAGAGAGGCGAGGGGGAAAAGGCCGGCCCUGUGGGAUUAUACUAGGUGCCAUCCUGCGCUGAAAAAAGGGUGCUAGAUCUGGAAAGGUUGCAGACGGUUUGAGCCGAUGGACCCGAGCGGCUGUCGUUCUCCCUUAUCACCACUUGGUGGUGCUCGUGGAACGGUCGCCAACCUGCCGCAGCCUUUGCAAACCUCUUUGUUAUUAUUUACAGUAUCUACUGUGUUUUUCGCUCUAUAAGACGCACCAGACCACAAGACGCACCUAGUUUUUGGAGGAGGAAAACAAGAAAAAAAAUAUUCUGAAUCUCAGAAGCCAGAACAACAAGAGGGAUCGCUGUGCAGUGAAAGCAGCAAUCCCUCUUGCUGUUCUGGCUUCUGGGAUAGCUGCGCAGCCUGCAUUCGCUCCAUAAGACGCACACACAUUUCCCCUUACUUUUUAGGAGGGAAAAAGUGAGUCUCAUAGAGCAAGAAAUUGCGGUACAUUUAUAUGCAGGCAGCAACCUUCUUAGGCGUGUCCAAUACAUGCACGACUGCUCGCACGCACAUCGCACUGAACCCAGAAGUGAGAGGGGUUCCAGAACGUGACCCCCAAGCAAAUCAGUCGUUACCUGCGCCACCUUUUUCUCAAAGGAGCUCAAAGCGAUGUACAGUGGUGCCUCGGGUUACAUGCGCUUCAGGUUACAGACUCCGCUUACCCUAGAAUUAUUACUUCGGAUUAAUGACUUUGCUUCAGGAUGAGAACAGAAAUCGUGCUUCGGUGGCGCGGCAGCAGCGGGAGGCCCCAUUAGCUAUGCGAUGGUCACCUCCAGGCUUGACUACUGUAAUCCGCUCUACGCGGGGCUGCCCUUGAAGCUGACCCAGAAACUCCAGCGGGUGCAGAAUGCUGCAGCGAGGCUCCUCACGGGGUCCCUGCCAUGGGAGCAUAUUCACCCAGUGCUUUUCCAGCUGCACUGGCUCCCGGUGGAGUACAGGGUCGGGUUCAAGGUGCUGGUUUUGACCUUUCAAGCCCUUCACGGCCUAGGACCCCCGUACAGUGGUGCCUCGCAAGACGAAAUUAAUUCGUUCCACGAGUUUUGUCGUCUUGCGAUUUUUUUCGUCUUGCGAAGCACGGUGUCGGGAAAGUUUUGGAAAAGCUUCAAAAAUCACCAAAGUCUUUAAAAACCUCAAAAAAGGCUACCACACUGCGUUCUAUGAGUUGCUCCUCGAAGUCAAGUCGCAACUGUAUUAACGGUGUUAAGAACAAGGAAACAAACUUGCAAGACGUUUCCGUCUUGCGAAGCAAGCCCAUAGGGAAAAUCGUCUUGCGAAGCAGCUCAAAAAACAAAAAACCCUUUCGUCUAGCGAGUUUUUUGUCUUGCGAGGCAUUCGUCUUGCGAGGUACCACUGUACCUACGGGACCGCCUCUCCCGGUAUCCCCCACGGAGAGCCUCAAGGUCCAUAAAUAGCAACACCCUAGAGGUCCCGGGCCCUAAGGAAGUUAGAUUAGCCUCAACCAGAGGCAGGGCCUUUUCAACUCUGGCUCCGGCCUGGUGGAACUCUCUGCCUCAUGAGACCAGGGCCCUGCAGGAUCUGAUUUCUUUCCACAGGGCCUGUAAGACAGAGUUGUUCCGCAAAUUGGCUUGGAGCCAAUUUGAUUCCCUCCUCCUCUUUCUUUCUUUUCUUUUCCUUUCUCCUGCGAUGAGGCUACAUUUUAAUAUUUUAAUGUUUCAGUAUUUUAAUGUUGUAUUUUAAUUUUGUUUUUAAGUUGUAUUCAUUCAACUUGUUUUUAUUAUUGCUUGUUAGCCGCCCUGAGCCCGGCCUUAGCUGGGGAGGGCAGGGUAUAAAUAAAAAUUAGUAUUAUUGUUAUUAUUAUUAAAGUGGUGCUUCAGGUUAAGAACAGUUUCAGGUUAAGAACAGACCUCUGGAACGAAUUAAGUUCAUAACCAGGUACCACUUGUACAUGGUUCUCGAUUUAAUUCCCGCAAGAACCCUGUGGGAUAAGUUAGGCUGUGAGAGACAGCGACAGGCCCAAGGUUACCCAGUGAGCUUCACGGCUGAGUGGGAAUUUGAACCCUGGUCUCCCAAGUCCUAGCCUUCUAACUGCUACAUGGCGCUACUGCCUCUGGGAUGCGAGAUUGCCAGACUGGCACGGGCUUGUAUAUGCACUAUCAAUGACUGGGAUCUAGCGGGUCAGUCCAACUUGGGGGUGACACCACCCUCUUCCCGCUGCUUUGACUUGCUUCCUGUCUUGGCUCUUCCCUCCCCUCCAGCCCCACACGUGUUGCCUCUUUCGUGGACCCAAAGCCACUUGUUUUCUCUUCCACCAGGUUCAUUUCUUCAACAGUUUUUUCUACGAUAAGCUACGAACCAAGGGGUAUGAGGGAGUCAAGCGCUGGACCAAAAACGUGAGUGGCUGCCAAGAAUUCUCUGCCCCGGUGCCCUUUGCAGGGUGGAGGAGCACAGAGCGAAAGGCGGGGUGCAGAUUUAUUUAUUUUUUAGUAAAACACAACAAAUAAAUUAUACACCACUCGAUUUAGGCAGGGUGGAAGGCCUCAGAGGGGUUUCCGAAGAGAAUGAAACAAUAAAAUCACCAGUAAGAAGAGUGAAAGCAACCAUUGAAAUGUUCAGAAGAUAAAAUCAGCAAUAGACUAAAAAGAGAAUAGAAAAUACACCCACAUUCUAAGCGUCUGGGUGGGCCAAGAUGGCAGGAGAUGAAGGGAGUUGGCUACCCAAAAUUGACAAACACGGAGCCAGGGAAGAGCCAUAGAUUGGUGGUAGAGUGGCCUUGCAAGCCGAAGGUCCUGGGUUCAACUCCUGCCAUCAACUUCAGGUAUGGCUGGGAGGCACUCCCUGCUGAAAUCUGGCAGAGCCGCUGCUGAGCUAGUGUCCGGAGCGAGCCGGCAGCAAAUAACACUGUUCAAGUUGAAGCUGAUUUCUUAUUGGCAAGAACACAAUCUGCUUGGACUUGGCUGAGGGGCAGGCCUAAUGAACACAGCCGCUCAUCCCUGGUAGGUCUUGCCCCAUGGAUCAAUUGCUGAGACUGAAAUCCACCACCUUCCCCACAGCUGCCUCAGUCCCCUCCUCUCCAGAGGGAUAGGUAAAGGGACCCCUGACCAUUAGGUCCAGUCGUGGCCGACUCUGGGGUUGCGGCGCUCAUCUCGCUUUAUUGGCCGAGGGAGCCGGCGUACAGCUUCCGGGUCAUGUGGCCAGCAGGACUAAGCCGCUUCUGGCGAACCAGAGCAGCGCACGGAAACGCCGUUGACCUUCCCGCCGGAGUGGGACCUAUUUAUCUACUUGCACUGGUGUGCUUUCGAACUGCUAGGUUGGCAGGAGCAGGGACCGAGCAACAGGGAUUCGAACCGCCGACCUUCUGAUUGGCAGGCCCUGAGCUCUGUGGUUUAACCUACAGCACCAUCCGCGUCCCAUUGUGUAUGUAUAAAGGUGAAGGGACCCCUGACCAUUAGGUCCAGUUGUGGCCAACUCUGGGGUUGCGGCGCUCAUGUCGCUUUACUGGCCAAGGGAGCCGGCGUACAGCUUCCGGGUCAUGUGGUCAGCAUGACUAAGCCGCUUCUGACGAACCAGAGCAGCGCACGGAAAUGCCGUUUACCUUCCCGCCGGAGCGGUACCUAUUUAUCUACUUGCACUUUGACGUGCUUUCGAACUGCUAAGUUGGCAGGAGCAGGGACCGAGCAACGGGAGUUCACCCCGUCGCUGGGAUCUGAACCGCCGACCUUCUGAUCGGCAAGUCCCAGACUCUGUGGUUUAGCCCACAGCGCCACCUGUGUGGGGAUAGACGUAGACAUUUCCCCAGGCGAUCAGAAGACUGUGUCUGUGAGCAGCCAACCUCUCCUCCUCCCUCUUCAGGUCCUGGGAGACAAGCAAGGAAGGGAGCUGGUUGUAGCCGGAGACACCCGUGCCUCUUCCCCAGACGGACUCCUCUCUGCCCCUCGGCCUCCCUCCUCUCCUCCUUCAGCUUCUGGCUCUGAUUCUGGACUGCUCUCUGCCACAGACUCUUCCCUGCUCCCUAAACCCUGUUACCUCAUCAGCUCUCAACACCUCCUCGUUCCAGGCUUCUCCCUGUAACCACUCAUCAUUGUCCCACCAUCAAUCUCAGGGCUCUGAGCUAGUGUUCGAAACUCCCGUUGUUCUAGGCACGAUUUGCGACAGGGAAUUUCAUUAGCACAAGACGUUUCUGAGCUCUGGGCACAAUCCUGCGCCUGAGAUUUCAGAUUAAAACUGCGGAGUGGAAGGAAAGGAGGAGCUUUUUCUGCCUCCCCACUUCCAGCUACUCUCUGAAGACUGAGGAAGAGACCCUCUUAAGAAUAUUAGGGGGGUGGGCAGGGGAAGGACUAGACCAUGUGAAAAACAAACAUAAUUUUUUAAAAUUUAUUUUUUGGAUUCAAGCUUUUCUGAAAUGCUGUUUCAGAUUUAUUGAUGUUAAUAAGAUAUGACAGGCAGAUAUAUAUAUAUAUAUAUAUAUAUAUGUAUACACACACACACACACACACACACACACAAUUAAAACAAACAUAUAAAAAGAAAACCACAUAGUUUGUUCACUAUCCAUUCUUCUUAGAUUCCCAAUGACUUCCUUCCACCCCAUCCUGUAUUUACUGCUUAUUUUAUCUGGUGCACUGUUAGUCACCGUUUUCUUUUUAAUCAUCAUUAAUAUCCUCUCUUGUUAUUAUCCAUCAUUUCACAGAAGUCAUUCAAGUCCUGCCACUGACUUUAUGUUAGUACAAUCAUCUUUUAGAUACUUUUUAUACACAUCCCAUUUUUUAAUAAUUGUUUGUUCAGUAUUACCUCUCAACUUGUCUGUCAUUUUUGCCAGCUCUGCAAAUUCCAUCAAUUUACUUCGCCAGUUGGGACUUUCUCUCCUUACCAAUUCACUCAGAGAAGUAUUCUUGCUGCUACAGUAGUAUAUAAGAAUAUUUCUCCCGCAGUUUUUGGUAUUUCUGGGCCAAGUAUCCCUCGGAGAAAAGCCUCCGUUGUUGUUGUUUUUAAUAAAGGAUACCUUAACCAUUUUUUUAGCCCAUCAUAAAUUACAUUCCAGAAUUCUUUAAUUUUCUUGCAUGCCCACCACAAGUGUAACAUUGAAAACGAACAUUGUAUUUUAGCUGCCGUUCAUUUGUUUUCAGCUUUGUAUUCUUGAUAUAAAGAAAAAGCGCACCUAGACGUUCCGUUGUUGUGCCCAUAACCUAGGUUUAAGGUGCCAUUGAGCUCCUAGCUUUCAUAUCUCAGUUUCUAACACUUCUCUGAGCCUUCUUCGCUUGGGGGUCCCCCAGCCAGUUCCCUGCACCAUUUCUCUGCGUCCAACCAAUCCAUGACAGCUAGGAGGGCGAACAGUCUGAUGCUGUUAAAGGCAGCUUCCGGUGUUCCUAUGAACCAGUGGUCUGCUCUCAGAAAGGGAUCUUCAAUCCCCAGAGAGUGUGUCUGAGUAGGACGGAGACAGACCCGGAGUCUGGGACUCUGGAGAGCCCCUGCUGCCAGUCCGUGCUGGCAGCACUGUGCUGGAGGCUCCGAAAAUCUGAGGUCGUACGAGGCAACUUCCUGUAUUGCCGAACGUCCAAGAGGAGGGAACGCAGAGGGUUGGACUGGAUGACCCUUUGAGGUCCUCAGGGGACGGUGGAGGCAGAGGAGAACUUUUUGGGAAGGGGCUGCUGAGUCUGACCCAGUCUGCCUGCCCCUUAACAGGUGGACAUCUUAAAUAUUUAAACUUCAGAAUAGCUUUGGAAGUGGAUAUAGGCUGUAGGGUUAGAAGUAGAAGACAGGGUAUUUCAAAAUAGUAUUAUUUGUAAGUGACAAAAUGUAAAGUUAUUUUAAGUAUGGUUUAAAAAAAAAAGAUGGUUAUGAUAUAUGUAAACUGCUAAAGAUGAAGUAAAAUGAAAAUCGGAUAGGUGGGACUUGAGGAAGCCCACUUAACAAUGUUUAGAAAAAUAAGGCUAUGGCAAGAAUUUGUUCGUAUUGUUUGUCUUUUCUGUCUGUGUUUUUUAUUUGUGUAAUUUGAUUUAAACUGAUUUUAUAACAAAUUGAUUUUAGAAUGCUGUGUUGUUUUACUGUUGUUAGCUGCUCUGAGCCCGGCUUUGGCUGGGGAGGGCAGGAUAUAAAAAAAAAAUUAUUAUUAUUAUUAUUAUUAUUAUUAUUAUUAUUAUUAAAUGGAUUAAAAAAAAUUGGAAAAACAAACAAACAGGUGGACAUCUUCAACAAGGAGCUCCUCCUCAUUCCAAUCCACCUGGAGGUCCACUGGUCUCUGAUCUGCGUGGAAGUGAAGCAGAAGAAAAUCACGUACCUGGACUCCCAGCGCACCCUCAACCGGCGGUGCCCCAAGGUAAAGGCCUGCGUGGCUGGGCCAUAAGCAAGGAGCCCCACAAACCUGUGAGGUGGGGUAGGCUGAGAGAAGAAGGCGACAGGCCCCAGGGUCGAACCCAGCGAGCUCUGUGGCCGGCUGGGGAUUUGAACCCGGGUCCCCUUGCUCCCCAUGUCCAGAGGAGGGCAACCAAAAUGGUCAAAGGCCUGGAAACGAUGCCUUAUGAGGAACGGCUAAGAGAGCUGGGCAUGUUUAGCCUGGAGAAGAGGAGGUUAAGGGGUGAUAUGAUAGCCAUGUUCAAAUAUAUAAAAGGAUGUCACCUAGAGGAGGGAGAAAGGUUGUUUUCUGCUGCUCCAGAGAAGCGGACACGGAGCAAUGGAUGCAAACUACAAGAAAGAAGAUUCCACCUAAAUAUUAGGAAGAACUUCCUGACAGUAAGAGCUGUUGGACAGUGGAAUUUGCUGCCAAGGAGUGUGGUGGAGUCUCCUUCUUUGGAGGUCUUUAAGCAGAGGCUUGACAGCCAUAUGUCAGGAGUGCUCUGAUGGUGUUUCCUGCUUGGCAGGGGGUUGGACUCGAUGGCCCUUGGGGUCUCUUCCAACUCUAGGAUUCUAUGAUUCUAUGCUCCUAAUUCAGAGCUCACACUGACUCUCAAGGCCACAGACUGAAGAUUGGAUGGGGGCCUCCUAGGAUGAGGGUGCCUUAAGGGCUUGAUGAUGAUGAUGGUGAUUGAUUGAUUUAUAUCCCACCCAUCUGACUGGGUUUCCCAGGCCACUGUGGGUGGCUCUUAACAGAAUAUUAAAAACACGAUAAAACAUCAGACAUUAAAAACUUCCCUGUACAGGGCUGCCUUCAGAUGUCUUCUAAAAGUCAGAUAGUUAUUUAUUUCCUUGACAUCUGGUGGGAGGGCGUUCCACAGGGAGGGCGCCACCACCGAGAAGGCCCUCUGCCUGGUUCUGUGCAGCCUCACCUCUUGCAGGGAGGGAACCACCAGAAGGCCCUCGGAGCUGGACUUCAGUGUCCGGGCUGGACGAUGGGGGUGGAGACGCUCCUUCAGGUCUACUGGGCCUUUGAGGCCGUUUAGGGCUUUCAAGGUCAGCACCAACACUUUGGAUUGUGCUCGGAAAUGUCCUGGAAGCCAUUGUAGGUCUUUCAGGACUGGUGUUAUGUGGUCUCAGCCAGUCUAGCUGCCGUAUUCUGGAUUAGUUGCAGUUUCCAGGUCACCUUCAAAGGUAGCCCCACGUAGAGCGCAUGGCAGUAGUCCAAGCGGGAGAUAACCAGAGCAUGCACCACUCUAGCCAGACAGUCUGCGGGCAGGGAGGGUCUCAUCCUGCGUCCCAGAUGGAGCUGGUAGACAGCUGCCUUGGCUUCAAGGGUAGCAAUGUUGCAAGUGGUUUAAUAGUAAUAAUAAUUCUGUUUUUUGUACCCUGCCCAUCUGAGUGAGUUGCCGCAGCCGCUCUGGGCGGCUUCCAGCAUGCGCAAAAACAUAAUGGGCUUGAGAGGAGGGGGUGAGGGUGGUCUAGCUAUCCUGCCCUUUAGGAAGGAGGCUGAGAAAUAGACCACGCUUCCCAAUGUACAUGCUUACACUCAAAACCUGCCUGUUCUCCUUACCCCCCCCCCAGCACAUCUGCAGAUACCUGCAGGCCGAAGCAGACAAGAAGAACCGUCCGGACUUCAGAGACGGGUGGAAAGGGGUUUUUCAGAUGGUGAGUAGUAUCUCUCCUCCCCAUUCGCUCAGCGGAGGGAGCAGAAUGGAGCUAUGCCCAUGGUCCAACCCACAAUAACUGGGCCAAAAACGGCUGAUUAGCGCAAAGAAUGGAGUUACCAGGGUUUGCACCGAUGCAGAAUGCUCUUGAGAGAAAUGGUCAGGGUUUCCAGUUUGUCUGCGAAGGGAAAUGGCGACGCGGUGCGAGUCACCCAUCUAAAAGACAACCGUCACCGGGGGUUUUGAGCUGUGGGGGUGAGUGCCAGGGUUAGACACACACCCCCAAAUAAAAGCCCCACGGGUAGUGGGGUGUCGAGGCAGCAAAGGGGGUGAAAAGAGAAACAAACCAGAAGCGGAAGUUGGGGGAAGCCCAGGAGGGGAGGGAGGAAGUAAUGCAUAGCAAAUUUUACGAAUAUGAGAUGCAUAGCUGUCAACCGUCCUUUAUUUGGCAGGAAAGUCCCUUAUCCCGGCACCGUGUCCCGCUGCUGUCCCUUCUUGAUGAUGUCCCUUAAAUUUCCCGGGUUUCAAAGGAAGCAGCUCCUCUCCCUCCCUCCCUCCUGCCGGCCAGGGAGGAGGGAGGCUCCAAUUGUGUUGCUUGGCUGCGUUGCUCACCCAAUAAGGAGUCUGAGAACGACUGGGGGGGUGGAGCUUGCCUGCCUUGUGCCAAUCAAAUCGGCCGCGUUGCCUGGGGACUCGCCUUUGCUCAGCACUUCCCAGCGGAGAGGGGACGGUGGUUUUCCUUGCUGCAUCCCCUUUGCCGGGUUGCUGCGCUGUGGGAACCACCGCUUGAGGCUUCGUUUGGCUGCUGGCUGGGCUUUCUGCCUUUGGCUCGGAGGGGCUCAGAAGUCGAACAUACCUGUGCCCUGAAAAUCCCUUAUUUUGGCUGCUGGUCCCUUAUUUUUGAGGCUGCUGGUCCCUUAUUUUCAAAUCUGUAAGUUGACAGCUAUGAUGAGAUGUACGUAAUGAAUGAAAAAGAAAAAUGAAUUAAAAAAAAUUUUUUUUUAAGAAAAGAAAUGGGGAAAUCAGGGGGGCAGGUUUUGUACAGGUCUCUCUUGAUUUCCAAGCGGACGAGGGAGCCAGUGACCCAGAGCGGGACUGCAAAGCAGACCUCCCUGACAGGAGAGGGAUGGUCAUUUGGUUCUGCUGUUCUCCCUCCUCGCCUUGACCCGAUCUCCCUUUCGUUCCUUCCAGAACAUCGCCAGGCAGAACAACGACAGCGACUGCGGCGCUUUCGUCUUGCAGGUGAGGCGGGGGGGCGGGCAGGAGGGGUCUUGAGGUUCCAAAAAAACAACAACAGACACUUUAUGGCUUUCAGAGGGGAAAAGGUGCCAUUUCCCCUUGCCUUAUCCAUCAGCUGCCCCCGGUCCCCUUGGCCAUAGACAUUCAUGCUGCCCAGGUGGUGGAAAACCAAGGGAGCCGAAUGCUGGGGAGACUCAGGACAGAUAGAAGAAAGUCCCUCUUCACACAGCGCAGGGUUAGACUGUGGAACUCCCUCCCACCAGACGCAGCGAUGGCCACCGACCUAAAUGGCUUUAAAGGGGAUGAGACAAAUUUGUGGAGGGUGUGGGGAGGGCUCUCGAUGGCUGCUAGCCUUCACAGUUGGAGGCACCAAUUCUUCUGGGUAGCAGUCGCUGGAAACCGCAGGAGCGGGAGAGCGGCUCUUGCGUUCGAAUCCUGAUUGCGGGUUUCCCACGAUGGGCAUCCGGUUGGCCACUGUGAGGAUUCUGGACUGGCCGGGCCACGGGCCUGAUCCAACUUAUGUUCUUAUGGCUGCCUAGGCGAAAAGGAAGAAAAGAAAGAAUCGAAAAUUUUAAACCAGAAAGCAUCACAGCCUGGAAGGACAAAUUUAUAAAGAGCCAGGGCAGCUUCGAAGGGAUAGUAAAGUAUUGGCUCGCACAGUGGUUUCCUUUGCAGAUAAUAAAGACAUAUAAGCCACACACAAACACACACACACACACCAUAUUUUUCUCUCCAUAAGGCGCACCGGACCAUAGGGCGCACCUAGUUUUUAGAGGGGGAAAUAAAAAAAAAAAUCUUUUUCCCCUCCAGCCCCAAAGAGCAGCGUACAGGCUGCACGCAACCUCUCCCUGCCGGAUCCAUCCCACUCGCUGUCUUGGCUUGUGCCAUAGCCAUGCGCAACCCCUCCGGCAGGGAGAGGCUGCGCAGGGCUAAAGCAGCCAUAGCCGCGUGCAGCCUCUCCCUGCCGGAGGGACUGCGCGUGGCUAUCCCUGAAGCCUUCGGAGCGCAGCGCAAGUUCCCGAUGCUCUCCGCAGGCUUAGGGUUCCUUUUGCUGAAGCUGGGAGAGCAAGACUCUCCCGGCUUCAGCGAAAGGAACCUGAAGCCUCCAGAACGCAGCGGGAACUCGCGCUGCGCUCUGAAGGCUUCAGGCAGCUAUCCCUGAAGCCUGGAGAGCAAGAGGGGUUGGUGCGCACCGACGCCUCUCGCUCUCCAGACUUCAGUGAAAGCAACGCAAAGCCUCCAGAGUGCGGAAGGAGCGCUCCCUCUGCGCUUUGGAGGCUUCACGUUGCUAUCGCUGAAGCCAAGGAGCCUGCAUUUGCUCCAUAGGACGCACACACAUUUCCCCUUCAUUUUUGGAGGGGGAAAAGUGCGUCCUACAGAGCAAAAAAUACGGUAGUUUUCUCUACCUGUGAGUUCCAUUAUUAUAGGGAAUAAAGGUUCUAUAUAGCCUUAAAUGAAGCAGACAUCUGCAUAAACUGAUGGCACUAUGCAGCCAUGUGCCUCAAUCUUUCUGCAAGAGAUAAAACCAUGCCAUAUAUUUAAAAAGCAGUCAUUCAAGCGCUGCCCUUCAGUUACUUUUAGUUUGUGAGAUAUCUUUUCAGGAUAGGAGGUGAUUUAAAAAUAAAUAUUCAGGCGUACGAGCUAUAUGUUGCUCUUGUAUUUUCCCUCUGAAGGGCAUUUUACCUUUUAUAAAGACCCUGCGUGGAAGGGCAUACCAAACCAUGCAGUAAUCGCGUCUGACCUUACAUAUAAGAUCUGCUUUCACCCCACCCCGGUUGAUAAUGCUUUCUCUGUUGCAUCUAUUGUCUGUGUGACAUGAUCAGACUCAUGCAGUUUUCCUAUUAAUUCCUACAUGGAAGUACCUUCCUUGCUGGGACAUUCUGACAUGUCAAGUACAGUGGUACCUCGGGUUAAGUACAGUGGUGUCUCGCAAGACGAAAUUAAUCCGUUCCGCGAGAGUCUUCGUCUAGCGGUUUUUUCGUCUUGCGAAGCAACCCUAUUAGCGGCUUAACGGAUUAGCGCUAUUAGCGGUUUAGCGGCUAUUAAAGGCUUAAAGGCUCAGCGGAUUAGCUGCUAAAAGGCUAUUAAAGGCUAUUAAAGGCUUAGCAGAUUAGAUAAAGGGGGGGAAAGCGAAAAAAAAAUCUCAAGACUUGCAAGACAUUUCGUCUUGCGAAGCAAGCCCAUAGGGAAAUUUGUCCUGCGAAGCAACUCAAAAACGGAAAACCCUUUCGUCUAGCGGGUUUUCCGUCUUGCGAGGCAUUCGUCUUGCGGGGCACCACUGUACUUAAUUCGUUUCAGAGGUCUGUUCUUAACCUGAAACUGUUCUUAACCUGAAGCACUACUUUAGCUAAUGGGGCCUCCUGCUGCCGCUGUGCCGCCAGAGCACGAUUUCUGUUCUCAUCCUGAAGCAAAGUUCUUAACCCGAGGUACUAUUUCUGGGUUAGCGGAGUCUGUAACCUGAAGCGUAUGUAACCCCAGGUACCACUGUAACUCAUCCUUUUCAAAAACCAAGCACUUCUUUCAAAAGAAUGAUCCGGAGACUUGGGUCUGGAAAGGCAGCCAAGCAGCCAUCUUAAAAUCUUCCACACCAUGGCUGUGUUUUCGCUGUUAACAGAGUCUGUAAAGCUACGACAAAUCAUUAUGUGAAGGCCUGCGAGGUUAAAAGGGAGUCCUUGUGCCCAUGAAGGUUGUGAGCCGCUGCUCUAAGCGUUUCUGUUGCAAAAAACCCCCUAUGCAUUUAAUUAAAUCUACAUCCCACCUUUUUCUCCAAAGAGAGCCAGUGUGGUGUAGUGGUUAAGAGCGGUGGACUCGUAAUCUGGGGAACCGGAUUCGCGUCUCCGCUCCUCCACCUGCAGCUGCUGGGUGACCUUGGGCCAGUCACGCUUCUUUGAAGUCUCUCAGCCCCACUCACAUCACAGAGUGUUUGUUGUGGGAGAGGAAGGGAAAGGAGAUUGUUGGCCGCUUUGAGACUCCUUAGGGUAGUGAUAAAGCGGGAUAUCAAAUCCAAACUCCUCUUCUUCUUCCAAAGGAGCCCAGGGAGGUAUGGGGUGGGUUGGCAGGUGUGCAUGUCUGCGUACACACACUGCUUUUCAGGUGAACGUCAUAAAGGUGGCUUUAAAGCCCUGAACGGCUUCAGAGGCCCAGUAUACCUGAAGGAGCGUCUCCACCCCCAUCGUUCAGCCCGGACAUGGAGGUCCAGCUCUGAGGGCCUUCUGGCGGUUCCCUCCCUGCGAGAAGUGAGGUUACAGGGAACCAGGCAGAGGGCCUUCUCGGUGGUGGCACCCGCCCUGUGGAACGCCCUCCCAUCAGAUGUCAAGGAAAUAAACAACUAUCUGACUUUUAGAUGACAUCUGAAGGUAGCCCUGUUCAGGGAAGUUUUUAAUAUUUGAUGUUUUAUCAUGUUUGUAAUACAGUGGUACCUCACGUUACAUACACUUCAGGCUACAGACUCCGCUAACCCAGAAAUAGUACCUCGAGUUAAGAAGUUUGCUUCAGGAUGAGAACAGAAAUCGCGCAGCGGCGGCUGCAGAGGGAGGCCCCAUUAGCUAAAGUGAUACUUCAGGUUAAGAACAGUUUCAGGUUUCCGUGCGCUGCUCUGGUUCGCCAGAAGCGGCUUAGUCCUGCUGGCCACAUGACCCGGAAGCUGGAUGCCGGCUCCCUCGGCCAAUAAAGCGAGAUGAGCGCCGCAACCCCAGAGUCGGCCAUGACUGGACCUAAUGGUCAGGGCUCCUUUUACCUUUAACCGUCCAGGGGUCCUUACCUAACACACACCUGGCUGGCCACUGUGAGACCGGGAUGAUGGGCCAUUGGACCCGAUCCAGCAGGCUGUUAUGAUGCUCUUAGGUAUAUACUGCUGAUCCUCCUUUCCUUUCUCUUCCAGUAUUCCAAAUUCCUGGCGCUGGGCCUCCCCUUCUCCUUCACGCAGCAGGACAUGCCGAAACUGCGCCGUCAGAUGUACAAGGAGUUGUGCCACUGCAAGCUCACUGCGUGA